AUGCCCUAUACACCGUCUGGCUUCUUCUGCGACCGGUUGAUCCGGGAACGAGAAAGGAGAGACGGGGAAGGGUCUCUGAACAAGCCCCUCCGCUUCAACUGCCAGGACUUUAGCACCCUGAGACAGGACUGCCUUCAGAGGAGGAACCUGUUUGAGGACGACUCUUUCCCGGCCACUGUGGAGUCUUUGGGCUUCAAGGAGCUCGGACACAAGUCCAACAAGGUCAAGAACAUCGUCUGGAAGAGGCCCAAGUAUUGUCUGCAGGAAAUCUGUGAGAAUCCUCAGUUCAUUGUUGGGGGAGCCAGUAGGACAGACAUCUGCCAGGGAGAUCUUGGUGACUGCUGGUUGCUGGCUGCCAUUGCCUGUCUCACCCUGAAUGAAAAGCUUCUCUACCGUGUCGUUCCCCAGGAGCAAAGCUUCUCAGAGGGCUAUGCCGGCAUCUUCCACUUCCAGUUCUGGCGCUAUGGCGACUGGGUCGAUGUCGUCAUCGACGACCGCAUCCCAACCUUCAACAACCAGCUGGUCUUCACCAAGUCCGCCGAGAGGAACGAGUUCUGGAGCGCCCUGCUGGAGAAGGCCUAUGCCAAGCUGCACGGCUCCUACGAGGCCCUGAAGGGCGGAAACACCACCGAGGCCAUGGAGGAUUUCACCGGUGGAGUCACUGAGUUCUACGAGAUGAAGGAAGCUCCCAAGGAGCUCUACAAGAUCAUGAAGAAAGCUCUGGAGAGAGGCUCCCUCAUGGGCUGCUCCAUUGAUUCCCUGGUUCCCGCUCGCUUUGAGACUCGUACUGUGACCGGACUUGUGAAGGGUCACGCCUACUCUGUGACGGCAGUGGAGGAGUGUAAACCGUCUCAGCACAAGGACGUUAAAGUUCGUCUGGUGCGUCUCAGGAACCCGUGGGGUCAAGUGGAAUGGAACGGUCCCUGGAGUGACAACUCUAAGGAGUGGACCACACUGUCCAGGGCUGAAAAAGACAAGCUGCAGCACCAGAGCGCCGAGGAUGGAGAGUUCUGGAUGUCAUUCGAGGAUUUCAAGAAGAACUACACCAAGAUCGAGAUCUGUAACCUCACCCCUGAUGCCCUGGAGGACGACAAGAUCCACAAGUGGACAGUUUCUGUGAACGAGGGCCGCUGGGUGAGAGGCUGCUCCGCCGGAGGCUGCCGGAACUACCCAGACACUUUCUGGACCAACCCUCAGUACCGCCUUCGUUUGCUGGAGGAGGACGACGAUCCAGAGGACAACGAGGUCGGCUGCACCUUCGUGGUGGCUCUGAUGCAGAAGAACAGGCGGAAAGAGCGCAAGAUGGGAGCCAACCUCUUCACCAUCGGAUUCGCUAUUUAUGAGGUGCCCAGGGAGAUGCAUGGGAACAAGCAGCACAUGCACAAGGACUUCUUCCUGUUCAACUCCUCCAAGGCGCGCUGCAAGUCCUACAUCAACCUGCGCGAGGUGACCCAGCGUUUCCGCCUGAGCCCCGGAGAGUACGUCAUCGUGCCCUCCACGUACGAGCCGCACCAGGAGGGAGAGUUCAUCCUGCGGGUCUUCUCUGAAAAGAAGAACACCUCAGAGGAGAUAGAGAACAGGAUCGAGGCUGACCAUCCAGUGCCGGCGCCGGCCGCGGCGGGGGAAGAGAGCGAGGAGGACCAGCAGUUCCGGACUAUUUUUCAGGAGAUAGCUGGAGAUGACAUGGAAAUCACAGCCAGCGAACUGAAAAAUGUUCUCAACAGAGUGAUCACCAAACAUAAAGACCUGAACACGGAGGGCUUCAGUCUGGAGAGCUGCAGGAGCAUGAUUGCUCUGAUGGACAUGGACGGGACAGGUAGACUCAAUCUUCAGGAGUUCAGACAUCUGUGGAAUAAGAUCAAACAAUGGCAGGGAAUCUUUAAACACUAUAACGCUGACCAGUCCGGGAGCAUCAACAGUUACGAGAUGAGAAAUGCUGUAAAUGAUGCAGGCUUCCGUCUCAACAACCAGCUGUACGACAUCAUCACCAUGCGCUACGCAAACGAGAACAUGAACAUCGACUUCGACAGCUUCAUCAGCUGCCUGGUUCGGCUCGAAGCCAUGUUCAGAGCGUUCCAGGCCUUUGAUCAGGAUGGAGAUGGUACAAUAAGACUAAGUGUCCUGGAGUGGCUCCAGUUGACCAUGUACGCCUAGAAAGGCCCAUCCUCUCCCAGGUGAGCUCCACUCCACAGGAGGACCAGACCUGCCAGCCUUUACCUCAAUAUUCAGUGUGCCCGACCGCCGUUAGCUCUCAUCCACCUCACCUCCAGCCUUCCCUUCCCUCAGUCCCAACAGCUCUGCUCUUUCUACUCCAGAAAUGUUCAACAGACUUCUUCCAUUUUGUCUUUUCCAUCUCUCUCUUUCUACAGUGGGUCUCAGGCCUUUUGCAUUUCCUUCUCUGCCUUUGUCCUCCCAUUCUCAUCAAAAUAUCGGUCUCCUUUCAGUCAUUAGCUUCGUUUUGAUUUUUUUUUUUUUUUUUUUCUUUUUAAACACACCCUUACCUUGUACCGUACUUUUCUCAGGCAUCAAACACACACAACCUCCUUUUUUUCUGUCACAAUACCUCACAGAGCCUCUCCCAGUAACCCAUUUCUGUAAUGGUUUACCGUUCAUCUCUCUUGACUAAUUUGUGCUCCUUUAACCAUCCCCUGUGUUAUCUUCUUCUGUUAUUAAACUGAGCAGAAAGGGCAUUUUUCCUGUAUCCAUUCCAGUGAACUGGGCUCUCUGGUGGACAAUGAAUAAACUUGUGAAUCACUCCUACACCUGUUACAUUUCUGAUAGUGCAACCAACAAUUUCUACAAGAUUUCUGGGCCUCCUAAACAACUAUCGCUCUGCCCUGACCCUGUUUUCCUUCACUUAUUUUUGUCGAUAAAAUAAUAUUUCUAGAUUUUUCGUUGGCCGAGAGUAGUGCGUAAGUACGUUUUAGCCCCACUAGCGACAAUUCUGGGUACGAGCCAUCUUGUUUGCUCCAGCUCUAUGGAUAGCGCUCCCUGGCGGACAAACUCAGGCUU